GGCUGCUCAAUUUCCCUCGACACCGGUAACCUGCUUGUCUCGGCUGAGAUGGCGACCUCCCAGAAGCACGAUAUGUACAGAGGUGUUUGACAAGCCCUGUACACUUGUAUGUAAUCACACCUUCUGUCGGAAAUGUGUCGUCAACUACACCAAAACCAGACCAGAAGCCAUCAGUGCCAAGUCUCUCCUGUGUCCAUUCUGCAACAAGAUGACGAAAGUGUCUGCCCCUGAGAGACCAGUGGAGGAGUGGGCGGAUGACGUCAAGCCCAGCUUUGUCAUCCAGGGACUCUUGGACUCGUUUGGCCCCGGAUCUAAAGAUACCACUCACUGCAGUUAUUGCAAGGAGGAAGGGGAGACAACUCCGGCUACAUCUUGGUGCUCUGUUUGUGACGACGCACUCUGUGAACGAUGUAUUCGAGUACACAGACGAAUUCCAUCUUCCCGUCACCAUGACGUAGUUGACCUGUCUAGAGAGACAAAGGUUAAGGUCAAGAGAAAGGUCAUGUGUAAAAUUCACAAAGAUGAAAAUAUCAAAUAUAUUUGUAAAGAUUGUAAAACAGCUGUUUGUCAAACAUGCUGCACUAUCCAUCACAGGAAAUGUGACUUGGUUGUAGAAAUUGUGUCAGAGAUUCCUGCCAUGAAAACCGAGCUGAGAAGGAAUAAAGAGGAUUUGUUGAAGAAACACGAUGAGAUGAAAACACAUAUUGGUAAACAAACCCCCAAAGUAGAUGAAGCAUUAAAGCAUUACUUACAAAUAGAAUCGAAUAUCAAGUCUGCAAGUCUCAAAGCAAUAGAGGUGAUGAAAAUCAAAGAACGGAAACUUUUGGCUGAACUGAAAGAAAUGUCUGACAAACACAUUGAAGAACUGAAGGCAGACAUAAAGUCAGGUGAGAUGUCAGUACAGAUGUACCAACAACAGGCUGAGCUGAUAGACCAGACUCUACAAUCUGAGUGUGACAUGGGUGUGUAUGAGAUGUACCAGGGAUGUGAGGCCGGUGAUGUGGAGGCUGUCGGAGUCGCAGACAUGAAGGAGAAGGGAAGAAUAGCCAGGAUCAUGUUCAGACAGGACACGGACAAGCUGAGUAGAGCACUGGACGAUCUACAGCUGGGUGAGAUAGACGUCCUGUAUGAGGAUGUACUGGACCUGAAGGCUACUCCUGUGUUACAGGACACCAUUAACGUGCUGGACCUGAAGGCGACUCCUGUGUUACAGGACACCAUUAACACCAGAGUAGCAGGAGAUACAUAUGGGGCAUGCCCCACUGACGUGAAGGUGUUUGUGGUGAAUGGUACAGACACAGUUGUAGUCACAGACAACAACAACAACAGUGUGAAGUCCUUCUACACCAGGAACAAGCAGCCAUGUCUCAGCAGGCUCAGUGUGUGUGGUCCUCCGUAA